AUGUCACCGCUGCGUACUCAUUUCUCCGCCGUUCGAUUGUCCAGUACUGCGUCUCCAAGCGCGGGCCGCGCUGUCCGCGCGCAUCGAAAACCAGUCCUGCCCCCCGCCGUGGCAGACCUUAUGACUAUGCACAGGUACUAUGAAUAUCUGCGUCAAUACAACGGGUUCGUGUUGUUCCGUUGGCAACGAGACAACGACGAUACUUGGAACUACAGCUACGAUCUAUGUUGGCGAGAUUUUUGUGCGCAAACGCAUCGCAUGUACCGUGCGCGCGCCGUGGAACAGCCCUUGUUUCUUGCUAAUCUCGUCAAUACGCGACUCCUGAACCGUGCUCUCGGAUCUACGCACACGGAUGCCGUUCCUGCUUCGGAAAAUCUCAAUUGUACGUUUUUGCAAGUCGGGUCCGAUGUCAGCGUCUCAGCACUCAUCGAGUACCUCAAGCAAAGCCAAAACAAGACUGAACCCAAACUCCAGCCCGUGUCAGUUGCGUUGAAACUGGCAGGCAGCAAUUCACACGUUGUGUCGUACAUGCAGGCUCUUGUACAAGAAUCGACCAAGAUGUUUGAGCGUGUCAAUUACGAAAAACUGCUUCAAAUCGCCAAGCAGUCCUCCGAAACCCAGAAAAACCCUGCCAAAAUGCAUGUGCGUGAACUUCUGAUCAGUUUGGCUCGUUGUUCGCUGUCCAACCCGCAACUAACACCUGAAUCGGAUUGGAUGUUAUUUUCCCUAGCAGGAGAAGCCAAACCAAGGCGGUGA